AUGGAACCGUCUGACCCAAAUUCCCACAGGCGCCGAUAUGACGAUGGCAGGAGGCACAACCAGUCCCGAGCAGCCCGUCCGAAUUUUGGUGGGCGGCCGAGGUUCUCCGCGGAUCGACGCGCGCUGAUGACCACGAAGCGCGAGACUACCCCGGAGCGCUUGACGGGAAUGGCCGGCGGCCCUGCGUCGUUCCGCAAUGUAGAUAAUCUGUCCGAGUCCGAGGCGUCGAUGGAGUUCGACUCGGAUAGCGGAGAUGUCGCAGACCUGAAGCAGGACCAGCCGUCGAAGAAGAGGGUUAAGCUCUCCGAAGAACCCACCAAACCGAAAUGGUCCAAUCCGGAUCCGUACACUUCCCUCCCACCGCCUGACGCGACGGCGCAGGGGAAACGCAAGGAUGUGGUGCAUCUGAUCCGCAAGGCGAAAAUCGCCGUGGAGAAUGAGCAGGCCGGUAGAAAUGAAGUCUCACAGAAUGCGGAUUUCAUCUCGCUGAAUUUCGACGAUGAGGACGAGGGAUGGAAGGCUCCGAAUGAUGUCCCUACCAAACCUGCCUUCCCCGGUCGAGAAAUCAAGGCCGCAACUGGUGCCAAGCGAGGAAAGCAGAAAGCACAGGUCCCUGAUGUAACGCCACUCCAUACUGGUAAGAAGCGAAAGCAUACGCAUGUGGCGGCUGUGCUACCCGAGUGGUGGAUCCCUCGUGGAUCGGCUGGAACUCCUUGGUGCACCAGGGCCACUGAUCACUCCAAUAUCGACCGCAUGGUGGAGUGGCUCCAUCUUGAGAUGGUCGAUUUCUACGACCAUGUCAAGCCAUGCGUAUUCGAGCAGUCUCUUCGGGAAGACCUCGUAAACCGUCUUCGUAAGCACGUCCAGAAGAAUAGUGGUUUGCCUUGUGAUGUCAAAUGCUUCGGAUCGUUCGCGCAAGGAACUUACCUUCCCACUGGCGACAUGGACAUCGUUGUGGUGUCCAAGACAUUCGAACAGACAGGCAACCGCGCCUUCGUGAUGAACAACUACAAAAAGAUGUACCAAUUCUUUCGGACGCUGACGCGAGCUGGAUUGGCUUCUCAUACUGAAAAUCAGAUCAUCGCGAAGGCUCGGGUGCCGAUUAUCAAGUACGUGGACCCGUACACAAGGCUCAAUGUUGACAUUUCUUUCGAGAAUCUCAGCGGCGUCGUAGCGAUCCGAACGUAUCAGGAUUGGGCCACCGAGUUCCCGAUCUUAAAUGUCUUUGUUGCCAUCAUCAAGCAAUUCCUGAAGAUGCGAGGAUUGAACGAGGUCGUCAAUGGUGGCAUCGGGGGCUUUAGCAUCUCCUGCCUAGUCUACAGCUGGCUCAAGUUGCACCCGAAGAUCCUCUCGAAGGAAAUCAUCCCCGAGCAGUGUCUUGGUGAGCUCCUGAUGGACUUCUUUGAUUUCUACGGCCGCGAUUUCGACGUAACUAGCACUGCUAUCCAGAUGCGGCCUCCUAUGUACAUCUCAAAGAACAACCUCAUCCUCGGCGGUAACGCCAAAAUCAAACCCGAGCGCCUCACCAUCAUCGAUCCCAACAACCCGACUAACGACAUCUCGGGCGGCUCCAGUCGUAUCUCGACGAUCUUCGCCGCCUUCCGCGCCGCUCAUGGAGCCCUUGAGGAUCGCAUGGACGAGCUGCGGAGCAUGCCCAUGAGCGAGCGGAAGGGCCAGAGCAUCCUUGGCGUGGUCCUCGCCGGGAAUUAUAUCACGUUCGAAACCCAGAGAGAUCAUUUGGAGGAUACGUGGGACAGAAGGGGGAGGCGUUAG